UGGUUUGUGCACGUGUCUUUUGGCAGGUAAAAGGCGGUAUAACAUCAAGCUUUGGAAGACAUUCACAGACUGUUUCAACUGUUUACCAGUAGCUGCUAUUGUGGAUGAAAAGAUUUUUUGCUGUCAUGGAGGUCUUUCUCCAGACCUGCAGUCUAUGGAGCAGAUCCGUCGUGUGAUGAGGCCCACAGAUGUUCCUGAUCAGGGUUUGCUCUGUGAUCUGCUCUGGGCUGAUCCAGAUAAAGACGUCAUGGGCUGGGGUGAGAAUGAUCGUGGUGUCUCGUUCACCUUUGGCUCUGAUGUAGUGGCCAAAUUCCUCCACAAACAUGACAUGGACCUCAUAUGCAGGGCCCACCAGGUGGUGGAGGACGGCUACGAGUUCUUCGCUAAGAGGCAGUUAGUCACACUUUUCUCGGCUCCAAACUACUGCGGGGAGUUUGACAACGCAGGUGCUAUGAUGAGCGUCGACGAAACCCUCAUGUGCUCAUUUCAGAUUCUGAAACCGGCUGAGAAGAAGAUGCUGUCCUACAGUGGUGCGGGUGGAUUUGGUUCCGGCAGACCCGUGACCCCGCCACGAAAUUCAGCCAAGGGCGGCAAAGCCAAGAAAUAACAUCAACUACUGCAACACGCAUAUCCAUCCUGUCCUUCACUCUACCUCUCCUCUUCCUCCUCCUCCACCCCAAACACCAAAUCAGUGCAGGGCUUUUUUAGAGCUGUCUCCAUCCAGAUGAGAUUGCUGUAUGUGUGUAAGACUGAAAUGCCCUUGUGGAGUGUGUUUGUCUGUAUGUGAAACAUCUAAAAGUGUGUUGAUCGCAAACGAUCUCCUUGUGGUGCGAGUUUGCGUGAGAAAUUGUUCUAUUUUUCUUUCUAGUAAUUGCGCAUCUUUUGCUGCAUUUUUAGAGGUUCUGAUUGUUUUUCUUUCAAAUACAUCUUCAGCCAUAACUUGAUAACCCUUCUUGGGAUGUUUAUUGGACCCAAGUGACGCACUUCUCUUCAGAUGAAGCCUCAGGGUCCGGCUUUUUGUCCCACUGUGGGGACAGGCUGCUCCAUUCCCUUUUAGCUCUAAAGCAAUCUGAACGGAGAUGAUGGUGUCCUUGAAUAGUGUAAAUCACUGCCACUCUCUUUAAUGUGAAUCUUUGUCCGAGUGCGUGUUUGUUUACAGUGGUUACUGGCGGCACCCUGCACAUUUUGGCAGAUACCACAUAUUUUGGCACAUCCUUUCCUUGAGCAAUCUCUGCCCACUGUUAGAUGAAUUAUACUGGCCUGUUUAAAUGCUCUUUGUUUUGUCUUUUUUUUUUUUUUUUUGCUAUUAAGAAUGUCAGUUUGUAGCUUUUUAUUUGUAGAUUAAAAUCAUGGGUGCAUGUGCGAUUGAGGAGUGUGAAUGUCUGUAAAGUGGGUGCCAUCGCUAUUACAGCUUGCGCAGAAAUCCAUUGCGUUCUCUUUCUUUCUUUCCUCACAUAUGUCUGAGUGAUUUUGGCCACUUUUCAAACUCACUUUGUCCAGUUAAAGGACAUUUUGGAGAUUUUAUGUUUCUUUUUGUAGUCUUAUGAAUUCAGCCAAUAAAGUGAGAAUCUGGUGCAAAUCUCUGGAGUUUGCAGUUGUUUU